AUGGCGGAUUCGCGGGGAACAGCUUCCAAGAGCGCUGACAAGGAUAGCACCUCCACGCGCCCGGCGCGCCUCCGCGUCUUGCGCCCGGAAGUCAAGGAAUUUCUGACAAGUCCUCGCCGUAGCCGCCCCAAGAAGCAGCCGCCUCCACCUCCGCCUCCGCCUCCGCCUCCGCCUCCUCCCCCGCCGCCAAGGAAGGAGAAGGUGAAGGAGAGGAAGAAGAAGGAAAAGGAGAAGGCAGCGACGGGGGAAGAGAAAUUCGAGCGCGCGCAAUACAACUGCGCCUUCCAGGAUGAAGACGAGGGGGGCCGCGACUUCGCGCCGCCGGAGCUGGUCUGGGGUAAGGUGCGGAGCCACCCCUGGUGGCCCGGACAGGUGUUCGACGCCGCUGAUGCUUCCGAGAUCGCGCUGCAGCACCGGAGGGCCGGCGCCCCGCUCGUCGCCUACUUCUGGGACAGGACCUUCGCUUGGAGCGACCCUUCCGCGCUGCUCCCCUUCCGCGCCAACUUUAGGCGACUAUCCGCCCAGAGCACUAUGUCCAGCUUCGUCUCCGCCAUCGACUCCGCGCUGCAGGAGAUUGGGCGACGCGUAGAGGCUGGCCUCUCGUGCGGUUGCUUCAGUUCCAGCAUUGCCACCAAGCAGGAUGUUCAAAACUCUGGUGUCCGGCAAGGGGCUUAUGGUGCAGCGGUAGACUCCGUCUACACGAGGGAUGCCUUCCAUGGCAAAACAUUUCUUGACUACAUCUCAGCACUGGGAAAGAAACCACUGGCCGGUGCUGAUCUUCUUGACCUUGCCACCGCCAAAGCACAGCUGAGGGCAUUCAAUCGCUCAAGGGGUUUAAGGGACCUCCCUGAGUUUGUGAUGUUUGAGGGCAUUGAGGAGAUUAUAGAGAUGACACACACAAAGGGAGAAAGGAUGCACAAGAGGAGUGAGGAUGAUGUUCCGAGCAAGGAGAAGAAAUCGAGGCAUGCUGGGAGUUCACGUAGAAAAGGAGAGGCUUUACCAGAGGCUGUAAAUGAAGAUGCUAUGGAUGAAGACGGCAAUGGAGGGGCGGCAGAUGAUACAUUGAGUCAGGGGAAAAAGUCAAAGCGCAUGAAGAGUUCAUCGAAGAAGAAAACAGACAUUUCCAAACAUUUAGAUGGACUCAAAACUGGUUCUGUUGCUGACAGCAGAACACUGGACAAGAAGACAGUAGAUGAUGUUUUGAGCGAGAGAAAAUCUGGGCGCACGCUGAGAUCCACGAGCAAGAAGGAAGAUGCUUUAGAGGGUUUGAAAAGGCUGGCAAAGGAUGGAAGUGAGGAAUUAACAGGAAAAAGCAAAGAUGCCCCCGUUCUUAAAGAAAACAAUCAGAGGGAUGGAGCAGGCUCUGCACACAAGAAGGGUAGAAUCACAGAGGAUGGGUAUCAUAGACUUGGAGAUCGCAAUGCCGAGGAUCUCACUUCUCCUGCCAAGAGAAGAUCGGGGCAUAAUGAAAACUCAAUGAGCAAGCGAGUGUCCAUCUCGGAGCAUGGUAGGAAGAAGAAGAAACUUUCUGAACUCAUGGCAGAGACAGGCAGGCCUAAUUCUGCAUCUGGUGGUAAGGGCAAAACUCGAGGGAAGCGUUCGUUGCAUGAUUCAGCUGAGAAAGCUGAGGAUCCUGAUCGUCACUCUAAGGAUAUAUUGAUGACUAGGAAAAGAAAGAAGCUCAACACAUUGGGGGAUGUGUCUUCACAGUCAGAGCCUCUCUCUCGUAAGAAGUCCACAAAGGUUGGAGAACUGAUGAGCAAAGCAGCUGGGAGCAGCAUGUUACAGGCAGCACCUGCUGUCAAAGCUAAUAGUGCAGUGUCUCAGAUGAAACCACGUAGGGCUAAGCACAGGCAAGUAAAUCCUGAAGACAAAUCUCCACGUCCUGUGAAGGUGAAUCAGGGGAACAGCGAAGCCAUUACUGAGGAGUCCCUAUCUUGUGGAGAAAUGUUAUUGCAGCUCUCAGUAGCAGCAUGUGGUCUUAAGCAGAGAGAGAAAAUCGCUCCUACAAGUGUUAACUUCUUUACCGAUUUUAGGAAGAACUACAAUUUUUCUAGUUCUGAUGUCAAUGAGGGGAUGCCUGAGAAGGCAACCAACACUGAGUCCACUCCUUCAGAACAGCCCAUUGCUGAUCAUAUGCAGGAUGACUAUUGGGCCGACAUUCUCAUUAAUGUGGAGGAGCCGCUAUCUAGCCUCAAAAAGAAGAAAGAUGAGAGUAAGAAAAGAGCAAACAAGAAGGCACCUCAGGUUAAGAAACCUCCUAUUAAUUCAUCGGCCACUGCAGAAAAUGCAGACGAGCCAAGGAGUGAAGGCAACCAAGAUACAGAAAAUGGGGAAGAACUUAGGAACGAAACCAAGCUGUUUUCUGCAAAUGGAUCUCAACCGAACGCCGGAACCAAAUCUGGUGAAGAGAUGGAAAAUAGCUUUCUAUCUGGACUGGUGCUGCACUUCAGCAGGCCAAGUGCUGUUCCAUCACGCAGUGACCUAAUCAAGAUCUUUAGCCAAUACGGUCCUGUCAAUGAAGCCAAGGCAGAUGUUGCAAACAGUGCCAGCUCUGCUCAGGUGAUCUUCAAGAGGCGCAUGGAUGCUGAGGCAGCAUUUGCAAGUGCUGGGAAGAUCAGUGCCCUUGGACCUGCCCUUGUGAGCUUUCGUCUCACCGACUUCCCAGCUAGUGCUUCAGGAAAUAAAGCUUCCCAUGUUGCAUCAAAGAGCGAAUAG